AUGGCACUCAAGCCUGGGCCAUUCGUUGACAGCCUAUGUCGCGAUGCCCCCCGCGACAUGGAUGAACUCCGCGCCCGCGCAGCCGGAUACAUCCUGAUGGAGGAGCACUCCGCCUUCCGCGACCAGAUUCGCGGAGAAACCCCAGCAAAGUCAGAGCAAGGGCAUAAGGACAAGGUCAAGGUCAACAACGACAGCCAUUUCAAAAAAUUGACUAGAGCAAGCAGAGGAGGGAGAUACGACUUCUACACUCCCCUAAACGCACCUAGGAUACACAUCCUGGAGGAAGCCAACAACAAUAACUUGCUCGCCCUUCCACCACCGGGCAACACCCCAAACAACGCCGACAAGUCCAAGCACUGCCGGUACCACAGGAACCAUGGUCACACCAUGGAAGAAUGUCGCACGCUCCGAGACCGCAUCGAAGAGCUCAUUCAAGCGGGUCACCUCGGCCAGUACGUACAACGACAACAGGGCAGCAGAGGUGGCCAUGGAGGUCGGGGACGCGGCAAGAGACGAGGCUCAGGAGCCCGUACCGACACACCCCCGGGUCCCCAACAAAACGCUAGCGGCGCAGUACAAGCCGAGAUAAGCCAGGAGACGGAGUCAGCCCCGUUACGGGGAAUAAUCAACAAAAUAGCAGGCGGUUUUGCUGGAGGAGGCGCCAGCAGCUCGGCCCGAAAAAGACAUUUGCGGAACGUCAACUGCGUCCACUCAACCACCUCGGCCCUGCACCAAAGUUCACCACCGAUCUCCUUCUCCGACGAAGAUUACGCCGGCCUUAGCCCUAACCAGGAUGACCCCAUGGUCAUCGUUCUGGAGAUAGCCAACUGGAAAGGGCAAAAAACACUCAUCGAUCAGGGAAGCUCGGCUGACGUCCUAUACUGGCUAACAUUCCUCAAACUAGACAUCCCCCACUCUCUCAUUCAACCUCACACGGAGCCUCUGGUCGGCUUUGCAGGAGAGCGAGUCCAUACUCGGGGAUACGUAGACUUGCUGACGACCUUCAGAACACCACCAGAUACAAGACGAGUCAUGGUCCGGUACCUCCUCGUGGAAGCCAAUACUUCUUACAACAUCAUCAUCGGGAGGCCGACCCUGAACCAACUCGGAGCGGUUGUGUCAACUCCACACCUCACCAUGAAGUUUCCAGGAAAGGACGGCAAGGUCAUCUCAGUCAAAGCUAACCAGAAGACAGCUCGACAAUGCUACGCCGAAAGCCUGAGGAUCUCCACACCAAGCAAGCAAAGCAAGGGGAACCCCCUCACUAUAGACCCUUAA